AAAAAAAACACACAAAGGGUCAGAUGGGAAAAGAAGUCAAAGCGGGCAACCUCUUUUACAUUGCUUUCAUGGCGACAUCGAUGUGCACUGAAGUUUCUCCUCGAACCCUAUCGAUAUUAUACUGAUCGCGAGUAAGUAAUGGUUUGGGGAAAGAAGGAAUCUCCAGCGAAGAACGACGGAUGGAGGAGACCGGGAAAGAAAGAGUUUACUCCAUACGCUCAAGAUUUAGUGGGUUUGCAGAUCCCAUACCUGUUCCUGGAUCCAGGGGAAGUACAUGGGUCAGUCUCCAGGGCCCAUCGACCGACGGACAAAGCGAUGGGGCUGAGGUCUCUGUCCGCCGACGGGGAAGUAAAAGACUAGUCAGAGACAGCCCAGCGUUAAGACCAACGCCAUGUCCAGGGUCCAAUGUGAUAGCCCACUCGUGGCCAACCCAAUUGAGUCUUUCCUUUCACUGGUGGCUUUGUCAUAAUCACUAGCAUUGCCAUUGUCAUGGCGUUCAGCCGGCCGUCGAGGAGACUACUCUGUACACGAACUGUCAAAAUCCUUGUGUAGCAUGUGCAGGGACCCUUUCCGUCUAUGGUUAAGGUGCAUACACCAUCAUACAUGACCUAAAAGCAGAGCAUCCACUCCACUUGACAGCAAUGCCACUCAAAUUGGAUCUCCACGUUCUUCCACCCAAUUAGGGGGCGUCAUGGCCCUAUGUAACAGUGGAACCGUGAGGCUAGUGGCAUAGCUUGGGAGGGCUAGGCUUACGCCUUUACGGAAAACAGUCGAGCGGAAGUGGGAACAUGGG